AUGACUAGUACCAACAACAGCAAUGUCCCGGGAAACCUAGAUCAGCGUAUGGCUGGCCUGGGUGUUAAUGGCUCAAAUGACAACAGCAACAAGAAGGGUAAGGGCGGCGGCGCCCCCAAGCGCUACAUUCCGCCCCACCUUCGCGGUAAGCCUCCUGCGUCGCCCGUCGACAAGAACUCGGCGAUGGAGCGCACCGCCUCGUGGAGCGGCGACGGCGUGCCGCCCCGCGACCGCAGCCGCUCCUCGGAGCGCCCUGGAGCCGAUGGCUUUGGCUCCGACCGGCGUGCUCCCCGCGGCGACCGCCACGGCGGAUUUGGCGAGGACCGCGGCUCGCGUGGCAGCGGCGGCUGGAACAGCAACCGCGGCGACUCGAUGCAGCGCACCACCACCUGGGCCGGGCGCCGCGACGAUAGCCACAGCAGCUAUGGCGGCCGAGGCCGCCAGGCCUAUUACGGCAUGUGGGCCAACGGCAAGCACGUCCUCGGACAGCGCAACCAGCGCAUCGAGGUCGAGCUGUUUGGCUCGCCCGACGACCCCGAGCGCAUGCACACGGGCAUCAACUUUGAAAAGUACGACGAUAUCCCCGUCGAGGCAUCGGGCAAGGACGUGCCCGAGCCCAUCACUAGCUUUGACGAGGCCGAUCUCGAUCCGCUGCUGCUGGAGAACAUCAAGCUCUCGGGCUACACGGUUCCCACCCCGGUCCAGAAGUGGUCCAUUAGCUUUGGCCGCCACGAGCGCGACAUGAUGGCACUGGUGGGAUUCCUGUUCCCGAUCCUGAACGAGUCGUACCGCACCGGGCCGCCUGAGCUGGCGAACGUCGAGGCACGCAACCCGUACCGCUCGCGCAAGGCGCACCCGAUCGCGCUGAUCCUGUCGCCGACGCGUGAGCUGACGUCGCAGAUCUACGACGAGGCGCGCAAGUUCUGCUACCGCUCGUGGGUCAAGCCGUGCGUCGUGUACGGUGGAGCCGACAUCGGCCAGCAGCUGCGCCAGAUGGAGCGUGGCUGCGACCUGCUGGUGGCCACGCCUGGCCGCCUGGUCGACCUGAUCGAGCGCGGACGUGUCAGCCUGAGCCAGAUCCGCUACCUGGUUCUCGACGAGGCCGACCGCAUGCUGGACAUGGGCUUUGAGCCCCAGAUCCGCCGCAUCGUUGAGCAGGAGGACAUGCCCGGCGUCAAUGACCGCCAGACGCUCAUGUUCUCGGCCACGUUCCCGCGCGACAUCCAGAUGCUGGCGCGCGACUUCCUCCGCGACUAUAUCUUCCUGUCGGUUGGCCGCGUCGGCUCGACCAGCGAGAACAUCACCCAGAAGAUCGAGUACGUCGAGGACGAGGACAAGCACUCGGUGCUGCUGGACAUCCUCAGCUCGACCAGCCCCGAUGGCCUGACGCUGGUGUUUGUUGAGACCAAGCGCAUGGCCGACCGCCUGAGCGACUUUUUGCUUGACCAGAACAUCCCGGCGUCGGCGAUCCACGGCGACCGCACCCAGCGCGAGCGCGAGCGCGCUCUGGACAACUUCCGCACUGGCCGCACGCCGAUCCUGGUUGCCACUGCCGUUGCUGCCCGUGGUCUCGACAUUCCCCAACGUUACGUGCACCGCGUCGGCCGUACUGGACGUGCUGGAAACACCGGCAUUGCCACCAGCUUCUUCAACCGUGGCAACCGCAACAUUGUGCGCGGCCUGAUUGAUCUGCUCAAGGAGUCCAACCAGGAGAUCCCGCAGUGGCUCACCGUUGUGGCUCGCGAGUCGACUGGCUUUGGCGGUCGCGGUCGCGGCCGUGGCGGCUAUGGCGGCGGCUACGGCGGCGGCUAUGGCAGCUCGCGCAGCAGCGGCUCCCGCGACCACCGCUCGCAGUUCAACCGCAGCGACCGCGACUUCCGCCAGCAGAGCGGCGGCAACCAGGGCAGCAGCGGCCGCUCGGGCGGCUUCUCGUCGCGCGCCAACAACAGCGGCGGCGGUGGCGGCGGCCACUACGUCCCCAACGGCCCCCCUCCCAUGCCGCCUGCGCUGGAGGGCGACAGCAAGAACAGCUGGUUCUAA